AUGCGUGUGCUCUAUUGGAAUAUCAAUAGGGUAGCAAAGGUGGAGGCUGGGAAGAAGUUACAUGAACUUGUUCAUGAUCUGAAGCCGGAGAUUCUUUGUGUUGCUGAGCCAAAGAUUAAGUUCUCUGACAAGGUAAUUUGUAAGUUAAAUUUAACUGGUUUUAUGAGGAAGGUUGUUCAUAAUUCUUCUAUGCAUAAUAUUGGGAAUCUUUGGAUUCUGUGGAGUGCUAAUAUUGAAGAGCCAGAGGUGGUUAAUAUGACUAGGCAAGCAAUUACUGUUAGAACUGAGGGGGUUUUAAUCUCUUUUGUUCAUGCUAGUUAUAUUCAAGUUUUUCGAAGAAGAUUAUGGUCUCAACUUUCAGCUGUGGAUAUUACAACUCCUUGGCUGAUAAUGGGAGAUUUCAACUGUGUUCUUCGUCAAGAUGAAAAGAAGGGAGGCCGUGAGGAUAAUGAUCUUUUUGAAGCAGAUUCUUUGGGAUCUAAGUUUACUUGGACUAAUGGUCAAUCUGGUGUUGGUAGAAUUCUUAGUAAAUUGGAUCGUGAUAUUAUCAAUGAGCCUUGGUUGAAGGAGGAAAUCAAAUUGUGGAAUCAAACGGUCUUUGGAAAUGUUAAUGCUAGGCUGAAACAAGCUCAACUUAAGUUUGAAGUGGCUUGUAGGAAUUCUGAUGAGGAUCCUUUUAAUACUUCUAAAUUGAACUUUAUGAAGGAUUCUCUGGUGGCGGUUCAAGAUGUUCGUAUGCAACAUCUUACUAUGUUGAAACAAAAGGCUCGUAAUAGGUGGAUUUUGGAGGGUUCUAGUAACACUUCUUUUUUUCACAGCAAUAUAAACAUUCGAAGGAGCGCAAAUACAAUCUCGGAGUUGGUUACUGAAGAUGGUGUGACUAUCUCAGAGCCUAUUCAGCUUCGUGACCAUGUGGUUUCUUAUUACGAGUCGAAGUUCAAUGGUGUGGAGCUUCCUAUUGAGGAUAAUCUCUUUGAUUAUGAGCAUGAGUCCAUUUCUUUGACUGAAAGGCAGAUGUUGGAUGCCAUUCCUUCUUUGGAUGAAAUUAAAUCAGCAGUUUUUGAUUUAGGUGCGGAUAGUGCGCCGGGUCCGGAUGGUUUCUCAGGGUGUUUUUAUAGACAUUGUUGGGAUAUAAUUCAGCAGGAUCUUCAUUCGGCUAUUGUUUAUGCUUGGACUUCUAAGUCCAUUCCGAAGGGUUCGAAUUCUAUCCUAAUUAUUUUGAUUGCUAAGGGAAAUAUGAAGAGCUUGAGAAGUUUGGUGAAGUUUCUAGAUUCUUAUCAGCAAGCUUCAGGUCAGCGUGUUUGUAGAGAGAAGAGAAAAAUUUACUUUGGUGGUGGCUCUUUUAGUAGACGUCAUACGAUUGCUGCUUUUAUAGGGAUGGAAGUUACGCAUUUUCCUGAUCGUUAUUUGGGGGUGAAAGUUAUGCCUGGUGCGGUGAGAUAUCAUCAUAUUAGCAAUGUGGUGGAUAAGCUUAAAGAGCAACUUUCGUGGCCGGUGAAAUUCAUUCAGCAAAGUGAGCGUGUGAUCCGUAAUUUCCUUUGGUCGGGUGAUUCAAACCUUUCAAGAGAUUUUGUGGUUGGUUUUGAUAAACUCUGCAGUCCUGUGGAGGAGGGUGGUCUUGGAAUCACUAGCUUAAAAACUAUGAACAAGGCUUUGCUUAUGAAGCUUUGGUGGUCUAUUAAAUCUUCUUCUAAGAGGUGGGCUCGUUUUUUGGAGUCUAAAUUCACUUGCAGGGAUGGGCGUCUCAAGAUGGCUGGUGUAAAAUCUUCUAUUCUUCCUGGAAUUCGUUGGGUUCAUAAGGAAGUUGUGAAUAAUACAAAAUGCAUCAUUGGAGAUGGUAGGAAUACGUCUCUUUUCUAUGAUGUGUGGUAUGGAAGUGAGACUUUGGCAAGUGUUCUUAAUCGUUCAGACUUGGACAGAUCAGGUCGGGUUUGUGAUAUUAUUUCACACGGUAAUUGGUUGUUGCAAGGAGCUCACUUGCAAGAUCUUGUAAGUGCUGGUGUGGUUAUGGAGAAUUUGCCAACGCUUUGUAGUGGGAGCGACAAAAGGAUUUGGAUGCCUGAUAUGAAGGGUGUGUUUUCAGUUAAGUCAGCUAGAGAAUUGAUUAGAAAGAAGUUCCCUACUAUGAAAGAAGCUUCGCUAUUGUGGAGGAAAGUUGUGCAUCCUUCUUUGGCGGCUCAGAAUUGGAAGUUUGUUCGGGGAGCGUGUGCAACUCUUGAUAAAGUUCGCAGCAGGUUUAAGAUUCAAUUGGCUUCUAGGUGCAGCGUUUGUCGAAUUGAAGAGGAGACACUUCAGCACGUCCUCUGGAGCUGUAGUUUUGCGCAAAAAGCUUGGAACUGGAUAGCAGGUAUUUUCAAUAUAAAACCUUAUUAUGAUUUGAUCACGUCUUACAAUGGAGCUAGGCUUCAAAGUGGCAUUGUUAGAUAUUUGUGGCUGGUAGCAAAUUUGGUUGUGCGAUCUGAACUUUGGUUCACUAGAAAUAAGAAGGUAUAUGAGAAGAAAGUUCCUUGCUGGUCCUUUUUUCAAAAACGAGUGUUCAAUUUGAUGCAUGAAUACUCAGUUAGAAUAAAGAGUUUUGUGUUCAAUACGGUACCAGAUUUGAGAAUAUUGGAUUUCUUUCGUGUUAAGCAUAGGAAAGUGAAGAUUUCAGAUCCAAAGGAGUGUUAUUGGACGCCUCCUAAUAACAAUGAAUUGCUGUUGUGUACUGAUGGUGCUUCAAGAGGAAACCCGGGAGUGGCAGGGGCUGGUGUUGUGGCUAGAAAUACGAGUUCGGAAGUGGUAGGGGCUAUGUGUAUUGGAUUAGGAAUUGCGUCUAACUAUAUGGCUGAGUUAUAUGGUAUUAUUCAACAACAACAAUUGCGGAAGGAGAAAGAAAAGAAGAACAUCAGUACAACACCACCAUAUGAAAGAAACUAA